AUGAACGCACCUCGUGCGGGCGUCGAGGCACGCAGCAGCACCGUCGAGGUCGCCGUGCCCGAACAGCAGUUGACGAACUGGAGCCAGUGGCGUUCCAGGUUCCUGAACACCUGUGCAGAGCGUCAGUGGGACGAAGCCGUGCGUCUUGUGCAGUCCGCACGCUCAACAUGGCCUCAAGCUGCGGCAGUGCUGGAGGCUGCACUCGGUGUGACGCUGGCAGCCGAGCAGGUCGAGCUCGAGCCCUCGUUACUCGCUCAAACCGACCGUGCAGCUGCGCAGUUAGCACCAGUCUGGCAAGGCUUCGUUCACCUCGCUCAGGAGGACACCCUGGGGGCACAGAAACUCUUCGAAGCGAGCGCUCGUGCAGUCCAACCGCAGACAAGCCCUGUUGUUCUGCUCUUGACUCGAGUUGGCCUCGGGCGGGUGCUCCUCGAACGGAGCGUCAUCGAGCCGCACCUAGCCCAGCAGGCUGCAGCCUGGUAUGCGGAUGCGCUCUGGAUGUACGGUGAGGCAUCACCAGCGGAAUGGUGGUGUUCAUACGCAUACGCGCUCGCUGCCGCCGGCAAGUUGCUCGACGCUACACGCGUGCUCAGCUGGCGUCUUUCGAUGGAGUGCGAGCGGAUCGAUCGGAGCGUUAUGCACUAUUCGGAUGCAGACGACGCAUAUCCACAUCCAGAUACGUUACUGGGCCUCUGGGUGUGCUUGCGAGCUCUCGAGGCCCCGACGCACGGUCCAUCGUCGGAGGCAAAGGAUACCGCAGCUGCACGUGCUGUCGCUGAGGAGCUGCUUCGCGAGGCGUUCGUGCUCUAUCCCCAAGAGCUUCGAAUCCGUAAUGCGAUCGUACACGAGCAUCGAGAGCGUGCGUUUCGAUUCCUGGGAGCAGUUGAACCGGACACCUGGAAAGCCGCCACACACAGGGCCGCAGCACGUACCGAAUACCUGCUCGGUCGCUGGCGAGAACGACGCGGCGACUGGAUUGAGGCUGAAACGCACUACGGUACCAGUAUCCAGCAUUGGACUGAGAUGGCAGUUGCCCGCUUGGCACUUGCGUAUUCGCUGUUGCGGAGAAACGCGCUCGAUCAAGCAAUGGAUCAAAUAGAGCGGGUUCGCCAACAGGGGUCGCGUGCGCUCCCCGCUCGGCUGGAUGCCUAUCUCCGGGCGCUUUCUGCUGUUAUUCUCCAGGAGAAAGCAGCGGAUGAGCAGGCGUCACGCAAGGCACUCGAGCAGGCGCAGCAGCAUGCACUCGAGUUACUGCAGGGCACGGAUUUGGAGCAGCUACCGGCAGAGGCGCUCGCUGUGUACGCGGAACUGAUGGAUCGACUGGAUCCGGCAUUCGCGCUGCAGCUUUACUCGCGCUUGGGGAAACACUGGGAUGAUCCGAUUGUCUGGAACAACAUUGCUGCCUUGAGAGUACGCCUCGGUCAGUAUAACGAGGCAUAUAUUGCUUUGGAGCGGGCGCUUCAGUUGGUUACCGGCGAUCAGGGGCUGUCGUUGCGAACCUGGCUCCCUGAGGUGGCGUUCAUCCGCAAGCGUCCGUGGCACCUGACCCUGAGCUACAACCUCGGGCGGCUGCUUGAGUCACUGGGCGAUCUAACGCGCUCCGAGAGCAUCUACCGCACGAUCCAUGAACAAUUUCCUGAGUACGAGGAUGCCACGCUGCGUCUAGGCGUCUUAGCCGAGCACCUUCACCGGAACUUGAACACUGCCGAGGACCUGUAUCGUCAAGUGCUCCCGAAUCCGCGAGCUGUGACGGCUUUGGCUUUUUUGGCACAGUCUCGUGGCCGUGUUGACGAGGCACAAGCAUGGUUCGAGUACUUUAUCCGUCGAAAGAAACUACGCAAGGACUUGGAAACGCGAUACCAAGCUCGAAAUUACUGCGAUCUCGUCACUGCUGCGUAUUAUGUAACCUUGGCACGAGCGACUGCUCGCCAUCAUCAGAGCCGCCGUCACAAGUUUCUCGUAGCUGCGGGAAACCUGCUAUUGGGUGUUCUAGAGCGCGCGCAUGAUAAUGUCGCUGCGAUGCAACUUCUCGGAGUCUACUUCCGUGAAAUGAAUCUCUUGAGUGAAGCCGAGGAGGCCCUCUGUGCGGUGGCCCAGUUAGGUGCAGUUGCUUCGGCGGAACCCAAAAUCAUGGAAUGUGCUCGGGCGAAUCUCAUAGCUGUGCACUUGUCGCGUGGUUCCGCUGUCGUGGCCUCGCUCCGAAACGCCAUACGUCUUCUUGAUGAUCGUCUUCAAAGCGCCCCGUACGAUGCUGGGGCCUUGAUGGCACUCGCAGCUGCACACUACGGCCUUGGCCAGUAUGCGGCUUGCAUGGAGACCCUGCAGCGCGCUCUGCACCUGCAACCUUCCGCUUUGUCGGUAUGGUUCGACUUGUCAUUGACCCUUGCUCAAGAGUCUUCCAUUCGACUCAGCCGUCCUGAUCACGGUACGGACCCGGAGGUAGCUACGGUUCUCCUGGAAUGCGCUGGCGGUUGUUUCCGAGCCAUGGAAAUGAGCCUCCGUCAGAUGCAACGUUCCGUGUCUACCGAUGUCGUUCGACAAUGGCAACCAUCGCUUGCUGGUCCGACAAACAAAGUGGUUACCGCGGAGGCUGCGCACGCCAAUAGCAGCUGGUGCCUACAUCGCUUGGCAUAUGCACGUAGGCUGCUGGCUGAAGCGCAGGAGCGCACCCGGCGCCGUCACGAAGAGCUGCAGCAACGCCAGCAGCAGCGGGAGGCUGCUGCCGCUCGUCAGGCCGACGCCGUACGGCAACGUCGCGAAGUCGAACAGCGCGAGAUCGAGGAGCUGGAAAAACUUGCUCGCGAGCAACAGCUUGAAUUCUGUCGUCGACAAGAGGAGUGGGAAGCACAGCGAGGAAAAAGCCGCAGCAAGUCUCAGGUGAUGGUUGAGCUCCAAGGCGACCUCGAGGACAAGUCCGGGUCGGCGUAA